AAUUAACCAAGAUUAAAAAACACUCGUUUUGAACGGAUAUAUUUGUAUGCAAACAUGUCCUAAAGAUCUAAAUGUUCCCUUAGAAACCCAUGCCAUGUCCCGAAAAAAAAUAAAAAGCAAAAAAAAAGAAAAAUGCCCAAAAUCUUNAAAAAAGAAUGAAUUAAUUAAUAAUAGUCCCUCCCUGCAGUUUGUACCCUGCAUGUGCUCUGCCAUCCUGCACCCCUGCUUUUAUCAACUAAUCCACACCGUCCAUUCUUUCAAAAUCUCAAAUUUCUCACCAUAUAAAUUGCCCCUUAAUUUUCUCCAAAAUCCCUCCCUCCGUUUUUAGCACUCAUCUUUUAUUUUUCUUCUCAAUAAUUUCUCGUAACCUUUUUCUUUCUUUAACAUUAAAUAAAUAGAUUUGAAGUGUUGAGGAUUAGCAAAAUGGGUGAAGGAGCCACCAAAAAGCAGGAGGAAACUAAGCCUGAGGAGAAGAAAGAAGAAAAACAAGAAGAAAAGAAAGAAGAAAAAAAGGCAGAGGAGAAGAAAGAAGAGCCUAAAAAACCACCCCCACCUUUUGUGUUGUUUGUGGACUUGCAUUGUGUGGGGUGUGCCAAGAAAAUUGAGAGAUCCAUUCUAAAAAUUAGAGGAGUGGAAGGAGUUUCGACCGACAUGUUGAAAAACGAGGUCACGAUAAAGGGAGUCGUGGAGCCUCAAGCCGUGUGUAAUAGAGUUAUGAAGAAAACAAAGAGAAGGGCAAAGGUUUUGUCUCCUCUGCCGGAGGCUGAAGGCGAACCCAUGCCGGAAGUCAUUGCCUCUCAGGUAAGUGGAUUAACUAGUGUGGAGCUUAACGUGAACAUGCAUUGUGAGCCUUGUGCCCAGCAGCUUAAGAAAAAAAUACUCAAAAUGAAAGGAGUAAGAACCGCAGAUACAGAGCUAAGCUCCGGCAAAGUCACGGUCACCGGAACCAUGGACGCCGACAGGCUCGUUGACUACGUCUACCGGCGGACGAGAAAGCAGGCCAAGAUCGUGCCACAGGCCCAACCCGAACCCGAUCCCGAAAAGCCUCCUGAAGAGGGCCCGAAGCCCGAGGAAGAGAAGAAAGACGAAAAAACGGCCGCCUCAGAAGAAGGCGGCGGGAAACCCGAGGAAGAGAAGAAAGAGGACGGCGAGAAGAAGGACACGCCUCCGCCAGAGGAGGAGAAGAAAGAAGGCGGCGGCGGCCCGCCGGAGCAAGGCGGCGAGGCAGCGGAGGUCAGCGUGGAGGAGCACGUCGUGCAUAAAAUGAUGUACCAUUAUUAUCAGCCGGUGUACAUGAUCGAGAGGAUUCCGGCGCCGCAGCUUUUUUCCGACGAGAAUCCUAACGCGUGUAGAAUUAUGUGAUGAGGAUCGAAUUUGUCGGGGAAAAAAAGGAGGAAGAAAAAAGGGAAUUAAUUAUUAGAGGAAAAUUUUCUGUUCCUCUUUAAUUAUUAUGCCUCGUAAUUAUUAUUAUUAUUUGAUCAAAAUGGAAUGUGAUCAUAUCUGGAGGGAUUCUGUAGUACUAUCUUGUUUGUAUUUUUUUAGUACAAUGAGAUAUUAAAUGCAGAAAUUAGGGGUAAUUGCAUUUCUCAAUUGAAUUGAUGUUUCUCUUUUGUAUUUUUUAUUUAAUUUCCUUUUUUUGGCUUUUCUAGUGGCUAGAGCUAGUCUAUCAAAUAAUUAAGCAAGUUUAUUUAUUAAGUGAGUCGAGCCAAGGUUACUUGCGCAUAAGUUAUACGCUAAAUUUUGUAUGAGUUUUAAAAGAAAAAAGGC